UCCUGCCAAAUAGUUGUCCCUAACAACACACGGCGCCCCACCGAGGGAAUUUCAGUUUAAGGAAACAUAAAGUUUCCUCGAAAGUAGCAGUGGGUGACAUGGGCCUUGGCCAAAGCAGAAGCAGCAGAAACUGCAGAGACUGACGGCGCAGGUUUACCAGGGCGGACGGUGAAGACGUCCUCUCCCACAGUCAUGGACGAGUCUCAAGAGGUGCCCGAGCUCCCUACAAAGAAAGCUCGGCAUGAUCCAGAAGUGAGUCAGGAGGGUGAUUCACGAAGUGUGGCUGCUAAUGACAGCAGUGACUCCCCUAACCGUAACGAAUCAACAGCUACAGAAGUCAAUUCAUAUCCACCGUCAUCUGUCGCUCACUUGCACACAAUGUCUGGAGGUCCAGACCAGUCAAAUCAAGAGACGUUAUCAAGAUCCCAGGGCUGUGUCACAGAAAAUGCAUAUGAUCACAAUGCAGUGACAUGUAAAGACCUCACCACAACCACAGCCACUGAAUAUACCUCACAGAUCUACCAAGGAAGCAACACCGCUGUCACUGCAUAUGCCAGUCAAGUGGCUUUCCCCUCCCUGGGCCAGUCGACCGUAUACAGCGGCUUUCCUCAGUCCGGCCAGACGUACGGACUGCCACCAUUUGGCGCCAUGUGGCCGGGCUUAAAGACAGAGUCGAGGCUGCCCGAGGCGCCCUCUGUUGGUCAGACGGGGUUUCUCAGCUUCAGCUCAGCCUAUACCUCAACCCAACCCAACCAGAUCCACUACUCCUACCCCAGCCAAGGUUCCUGUUUCACUACAUCCAGUGUGUACACUAACAUCCCUCCAGCAACUGCUGUGACCACAACUGCUGGCACACAUCAGGAGUUUUCAAGUUACAACUCUCUUGGUCAGAGUCAGUUCUCGCAGUACUACGUUCCCCCUCCCAGUUACCUGUCCGCUGGGCUGCCCAGCAGUGAUAGAGAUGGAGCAGGUGUAGUUGCACCUGGAUAUCCAGCCAUUAAGACUGAAGGCAGUGCCUCAGCAAACCUGCCCAACACAACAGAUGCAUCCCCAGGUGUGACGCUCCCAACAGGUGUGGCUCUGCCUGCUGGGAUGGCCCUCCCCACAGGAGCACGGGACCAAGAUGAGGCCAACCGCAAAAACCCUCCUGGCAAAGCUAAAGGCAAAGCCAAGAAAUCUGAUGGUUCCCAAUCCACAGACAAUGACCUUGAGCGUAUCUUCUUGUGGGACCUGGAUGAAACCAUCAUCAUUUUCCACUCUCUUCUUACUGGCUCAUUUGCACAGAAGUUUGGCAAGGACCCAGCGACAGUUCUCAAUCUGGGUCUUCAGAUGGAGGAGCUGAUCUUUGAGCUCGCAGACACGCAUCUCUUCUUCAAUGAUCUGGAGGAAUGUGAUCAAGUCCAUGUUGAUGAUGUUGCCUCAGACGACAACGGGCAGGAUUUGAGCAACUACAACUUCUCCAGUGAUGGUUUCAGCGGGCCCAGUGCGGGCGGUGGUCCAGGGUCCACCACAGCGGUACAGGGAGGAGUAGAGUGGAUGCGUAAGCUGGCCUUCAGAUAUCGCAGACUCAAAGAGAUCUACAAUGGAUUCAAAGGGAAUGUGGGAGGUCUGCUGAGCCCAAUGAAGAGAGAUCUACUGCUCAGGCUGCGCUCUGAGAUCGAGACUGUCACGGAUGCCUGGCUGAGCACUGCCCUCAAGUCUCUCUUGCUCAUUCAGUCGAGGGGCAGAUGUAUGAAUGUCCUGGUCACCACCACUCAGCUGGUUCCUGCUUUAGCUAAAGUGCUUCUCUAUGGACUGGGUGACGUCUUUCCCAUUGAGAACAUCUACAGCGCCACUAAAAUAGGAAAGGAGAGCUGCUUUGAACGCAUCAUCUCUCGCUUUGGGAAGAAAGUGACCUAUGUUGUUAUAGGGGACGGUCGUGAUGAAGAGUUUGCAGCAAAGCAGCACAACAUGCCGUUUUGGCGAAUCUCUUCUCACGGAGACCUGAUUUCCCUUCACCAAGCUCUGGAACUGGACUUCUUAUAGAUGGAGCUGGAGCCAAGACAUGGAUCUCUCCGGCUGCACCCAUCAGCAAUCCCAUCCACCCCUUACCUUAUCCAGCGCAGCCGUGGAGCAGCCGACAUAGACUCUGGGACGCUAGCGGUCAUAGACGAGAACUCAAGACGAUCUGUGACGCAAUCUCACAAGCCCUCCAUUCCCUCAAUGGCAGCUAUCCUCCUGCUAGGUUGAAUCUUGCACUGGGACACCACACAACCAUACAUGAGGAAAAGAGGAAAAAAACUGUCUCCCAUUCGCAUCUUUCUCUUGGAAUAAAAGGAUGUACUUUACCAUCUUCAACAUAACUGGAUUCACCAAAGGAACAACCCAUGACCAAAGGUCUGCACUGGCACACAAACUUAGUUUAAGUCGUUUUUGCAUUCUUUUUAAAAGGGCUGAAAAGUAAGUUGGAGUCAUUUUGAUUUGCACUCAUUCCAAAGGUCAGGAUAUUGGUUCUUGUGAGAUGGCAUGUUACAUGCUUUAGAAGCCUCCAAGAAAUAAUGCAGUUAUUUCAGUUCUUAAAACUGUCUACAGAUGGUACCAACAGGGUUUAGCAUAGAUCCCACUUCAUUUUUACUGUAUCAACAUAUGAAAUUGAUUUCCUAAGUGCUCCUCAGUCCCAGGGAUCUGCAUGCGUUUACCUUUCACUUUAUUUUGUCUGCUUUAAAUUAGGCAAUGUGAAUUAUAGAGUGCCUAAUGAAAACCAUUUCUUUUUGUACAUUUUGUCCCUCUUUUCUAAAAGAAUAAAUCACCCAAAAAUGAGAACUGCCAACAUUAAUGUUGCUUUUGUUCCAAAUCUAUAUAAAAGACUGACUUUCGUAAAAGAGGAAAGGAGAUGUUUAGAAGAAUGUCCAUGCUGCUCUUUCCAUUUAAUGAAAUGAGAUUUCAGAGCUGUUACUGGAAGAUUUUCAGUGAGCGUUUACGUAAAUUUGUCUGUUUUAGUGAUUUCAGAAGACUUUAGGAUCUCUACUAACUUUCUUUGUAUGGAUUCUCUUCCACAGAAGAAAGUUUUGUGAGUUUGAAUCAACAAAUGAGACUUUUUUUUUCAUUUUUGGGUGAGCUAUUUCUUUAAAAUCCAUAUCAAAAUGAUGUUUCGAGGGGAACGUAGGCUCCUAGAAUGAUGCCGUCCCAUUAGAAAUAGAUUUGUUUUAUGUUUAUAAUGCAAUUAUGAGCCACACGAACUAACUGCGUUCUUAUCCCCUGAGGAGAGUCACCUGGCUGAGUGGGAUUUUGUAAAAUUACCUCUUGCAUAUAGCCAAAAUUCCCCAUGGAUUUAAAGCCACAGGGCUCCAGCCUGUGACCGUUUUCUUUCGUUUGUACAAGUUUGGGAGAAAAACUGUGUGAUAGUGUGCAAUACAUUUCUGGUCAGUGAUAAAUGAUUGUUUCAAUUUUGGUUGAAGGUGGUUUUGCGAGCAGGUUUGGGUGGGAUAUUCCUAACCGCUGCGAGAUUUUGACUGAACAUUACUGAGCCUGAAGAAAAAGCAUUUUUACGCAAGCAGCUUUGACAAUUAAGAAUGUGUACUCUUCAUUUGUUUGCAUAGAUGUGUGUGUCUGUGUGUUUCUUUUCCUGUAUAUAUUUAUAUUGUGCCUUUUAACUAUAAUCACCAUUCAGUAAAUGUAUUAUCUUAAAGGGAAUACCUGAAAUAUGACAAACAUAUGUUUGAAUUGUUUUUCUUCUGGUGAAGUGUUACCUUUGACUCAUAGGCCUUUGCUGUUAUCUUUUCGUUUGGUACUUUCGAUGUGCGCUGACUUCAUCUCUGCCGAAAUCAUUUUUCUCCACAGCUCAGCCAAUCAGAUGCUGUUGUUCUUUAACUUGAAUCAUAAGAACUGCUCUUCUGGUGCUCUUUCUAUGUCCUACUUUGUUUCCUGCAUUUUUCAGGAAAGAAAAAUGAUUUAGUCCCUGUAUGCUGUCUGUUAUCUACGCUAACUGAAGAUACAUGAUUGUAUCAUCAUGAGAUCUUGGGAUUUGUUACUAAUGCAUAGACAAUCAAGGGAUGUAUUGGCGCUUUUAGAUCAGUAGGAGAACCUCUGGCAUAUUCAGACUGAGACUGACUGAAGAAGCAAAUAUCUGUACCUACACUGUUUAUGGUUUUGUGUAAGUGAUGUUCAUUAAAUACUUUGAGGCUGGCCUACCUGCUUGGCUUCUUCA